UCAAUUUUAGGCUCAAACAUUGUGAAAAGAAAAACUAGAGGGACUACCCGAUGCAUAAAAAUAAUCAACUUACCGGAGGGUGAAAAAUUGCCUGUAGAAUUUGAUGAUGAUGAUCAAGCUAUUGGCAAGAAUGCAACUCAAUUUACUUGGUUUUUGGGGCAAACAGUUAGAAAUCGAAUUUGUUGUCCCUUAAAAGUAAGUGGUUGGAAAGAGAUUGAGGAAGAAAAGAUCGACCAUAUGUGGGACAUCAUCUUGGAAAAAUUUAAUUUCGAUGUUUCUGAGGGAAGAAAAGGCGCAAUUCUUGGUCAUAUGAGUGACAUCUACAGAGGCUAUAGGCACAAGAUGAAAAGCAGGUAUUUCGAUUCGAAGACAACUUAUCAACUUCGCUUGCGAAACAAGCCUAAACUUGUUAACGCAGAUGAAUGGAAAUAUUUGGUCAACCUUUGGAGUGAUGCUGACUUUCAGAAAAAAAGCAUGCAGAACAAGACGAAUAGAUCGAAACGUUCAUUGCCUCCAUAUAUUGGAACUAAAAGCUAUGCGAGACUUAGACACGAAAUGGCGGAGAAAAAAGAUGGAAAAACUCCUUCUCGUGUUGAAGUUUUUAUGGAGUCUCGCAAGAGAAAAAAAGGAAAAAAAAGGAAAACAAGUUGAUGCUUUUCAACAAAAUGCUAUUGUAAUUUCAACGUGUUGGCUUUCCUCUUUAUCUCCUUAAAAUAUAUAUUUGCAUAGAUGUUUGAUUGAAUUUUUUUGAUUGUAGGAUCAAUUUGGCCAAUUUAAAAAGCAGCAAGAAAAAGGAGAAAUUUCUUUAAAUGAUGAUGAUAUCUUCGAAAAAGUACUUGGGCCAGAAAAAAAUGGAUAUCUUCGUGCAUAUGGCCCAGGAAAAAAUAUUAGUGAAUAUUUCGGGGGUAGACCAACGAAGGUACAACUCAUAAAGCAAUUAGAAUCGACAAGAAAAGAAUUGAACGAGCGUGUGGAAGAAGUUAAAAGGGAAGCUAAGGAGCAAAUUGAAGAAAUGAAGAAAGAAACGGACAAUAAGAUAGCAAAGUUGGAGAAACAAUGGGCAGCAAAAUUUCAAAUGUUGGUUGCAGCUCAAGGCCGACAAUCAAAUGAUGCAAAUCUAACCCUUGUGGAGUAGUGAUGGAAGCAUCAAAAUUGAUGGGGACAUGAAGAAUUAUUUUUUCUCUUGCAAAAGUAUAUUGAUAUGUUUGAAUAAAGUGAUGUUUCACUAUUUUGGAUGACAUUGUUGAACCUUUGUUACAUCUUUUUUCUAA